AUGACCUCCCACGGUAGCGACGUCCUCCAUCAAAUCGGCUCGGCCCCUGGUCAGCAGUAUGGAGACUCAUCUGUGGUGGCUCUUCGCAUGCUUGGAUGUCCCACGCCGACAGUACAAGUAGAUCGAUGUAGCUGUCGUCCCUUGGACACGACGUACUCCGUUGUCAUGACGCCUUCUCAGCUCUGGAUGUCGCAAAAUUGCCAAAGAGAUCAGCUACCUCCACAGCCACAAAUGCCACAUUGGAGCAUGUAUGAACCCGUGCGCGAAAGAGAGCAAUUCCUUACAGAAAGCCUGAGCCUGACACCCCAAUACACAUUUGCAGGGCGCCAACAGCGCCCAGCUUACUUAGAAGGACAACAACUGCGUUCUUCAUCGUUUGCGACACACGAAGUACCGGCCACACCGAGAAGUUCGACCCAGCACGGCGAUGGCACUGCGAUCUCUGAAUAUCUUGCAGUAGCAGGCUCACAAGUGCACGAUCCAUCUCUCCCUCGAUAUGGCGGAAAUCAGCUGGAUGCCUACAUGUUUUUGCUCGACGAUUUGAACUCCGAUCCCCCGUUUCACGCGACGUACAUGGGUGGAUCGACGGAAAUUACUCAGCAGCUGCCUCAACAGCAAACAGACCCCAGCAACAUCUUAAACAUGCAACCGCGGGCACAACUCCUUCAGCGCCGUCUUCAAUCCCACGACGACCACGGCGUACAGGCGCGCAGCUUCGCGAUCCAUCACUUCCAUCGCAAUGCCCUGAGUGCCACAACACAUAUCCUACCGACAGUGAUCUACAACGGCACCUAA